CGAUACUUCAAAGCUGUCAGCUGACAGUUUCGCGUUCACUUCAGUUUUUGUUAAAUCUUAGAGCCACUCUUUGAAAUCAAUCCUUACUAAACCGGAUAUUUAUUAAAACGGUGGAAUGGCAACGGAAGUCGAACGUUCAGGAGAUGCUCCCGACGAUCUAGAAUCGCUCGACGAUGAAGAAACUAGAAAAACAGAUGAAGACAAUGAUCUAUUUAGCAAUCAAAUUCGGGUUGCUCUUCUGCCACCUCCAGUCAAAAGACGAAUUAAAGCUUUGAAAAAGUUGCAGCUGGCAACCACUCAGAUUGAGGCGGAGUUCUUCAAAGAGGUCCACGCUCUUGAGUGCAAGUAUCAUCAGAUGUAUGUGCCGUUGUAUGAAAAACGUAAUGCUAUCGUGAAUGGUGGCCAUGAACCUACUGACGAAGAAGCGCAGUGGCCUUCUGACCUCGAAGAUGACUUGCCCGAAAAUGUCAAAGAGAAGAUUGCAGCUGAGAGGGGCAAGCAGAAGGAGACAUCAGUUCCAGAAGACGCCAAAGGCAUACCAGAGUUUUGGCUAAACGUGUUCAAGAACGUCGUCUUAUUAGCUGACAUGAUGCAACCGUACGAUGUGCCCAUUCUAAAGCACCUAACUGACAUCAAGACUAUAUGCAGGGAGGAGCCUAAUAUGGGUUUCACUCUGAAGUUUCAUUUUUCGUCCAAUGAGUACUUCACAAACGAAGUAUUGAUAAAAGAUUAUAUGAUGAAGUGUGCUCCUGAAGAGGAUGACCCGUUUAAUUUUGAAGGACCGGAGAUCUACAAAUGCACGGGGUCGAAUAUCAAUUGGAAUCCUGGGAAAGAUGUCACUACUAAAACGGUCAAAAAGAGACAAAAGCACAAGAGCCGUGGAACGGUACGUACUGUAACGAAGACAGUGCAAAAUGACUCUUUCUUCAAUUUUUUCAAUCCUCCUUCUAUUCCUGAGAACUCAAAAGACGAAGAUGUCGACGAAGAUAUACGCAAUCUGCUUACAACCGAUUUUGAGAUUGGGCACUAUAUCCGAGAAAGAAUAGUGCCUAGAGCAAUCCUGUUUUUCACAGGUGAAGGAUGUGAAGAGGAUGAAGACUUCGAAGAAGAAGAAUACGAUGAAGAUGACGAUGAAGAUGAAGGAUGUGAUUCUGAUGUCAAGGAAGACAGUCAAACGAAGAAGCCUGACUGCUGUAAUCAUUAAUGCCUUGAUUGAAAGCAUAUGUACAUGGUUUGUAUAGAUUUUUGGGAAUUUGUAAUCCAUUUACAUAAUUUCCAAAUAACUGUGUAACUUGAAAAUAAAAGAUAUACAUAGUAA